AUAUGAAAUGUACUUAAAGGUUGCUUCUACUUCUAUAUUCAGUAGCCUUCAAGAACAGAGAACAUUUGGAGAAGCUGCAUUUCCAUUUCCAUGGCUGCAAAGGCACAGCCACUCAAAAUUACUUCACUCUUUAACUUCAUCUUGCUCCUCACUUUGGUUCUGGGGCAUGAAACUGUGGAAUUGGAGCAGUACCCAUUGGUUGUGAGCACCUGGCCGUUUGUUGAGGCUGUCAGAGCUGCAUGGAGGGCUGUUGAUGGUGGUUCUUCAGCUGUGGAUUCCGUCGUUGAAGGUUGCUCGGCUUGUGAGGAACUCAGGUGUGAUGGAACAGUUGGUCCGGGUGGGAGUCCUGAUGAGAAUGGAGAAACUACAAUUGACGCUCUGGUCAUGGAUGGGGUGACUAUGGAAGUCGGAGCUGUUGGUGCCAUGAGAUACGUAAAGGAUGGAAUCAAGGCUGCUAGGUUAGUGAUGCAACUUACUGAACACACUUUGCUGGUAGGAGAGAAAGCAUCCGAAUUUGCAAUUUCAAUGGGUCUUCCAGGACCCACAAACCUGAGUUCCUCAGAGUCCAUAGAGAAGUGGGCCAAAUGGAAAGAAAGCAGCUGCCAACCAAAUUUCAGGAAAAAUGUGUCUCCUGCAAAUAGUUGUGGUCCUUAUCGUCCAACAAAUUAUCUGCAGCUUCAAGAUCAAACAUGUUCUAAUGCUGGUCAGACAUCAAGAUUCCUUUAUGUUGGUCCUCACAGCCAUGAUACUAUAUCAAUGGCUGUUAUUGACAGAAUGGGGCACAUUGCUGUUGGCACAUCAACUAAUGGGGCAACAUUCAAAAUUCCUGGAAGGGUUGGUGAUGGUCCCAUAGCUGGAUCCUCAGCAUAUGCUGAUAAUGAAGUCGGUGCAUGUUGUGCAACUGGGGAUGGUGACAUCAUGAUGCGCUUCCUUCCAUGUUAUCAAGUUGUAGAAAGCAUGAGGCUGGGAAUGGAACCUAAACUUGCUGCUAAGGAUGCACUAGCACGAAUAGCAAGAAAAUUUCCAGAUUUUCUUGGAGCUGUUGUUGCUCUCAAUAAGAAGGGGGAACAUGCCGGUGCCUGCCAUGGUUGGACAUUUAAAUACUCUGUAAGGAGCCCUGCAAUGAAAGAUGUGGAAGUCUUUACCGUGCUACCCUGAGAUUGACUGUUCAUGAUAUUAGUAUCUUCCAUCAAUUAAAUUCAAGUUAGUAUGCUAAUUGUGUUGGUUGAGGAAAGUUGAUGGCAUACAAGGUGCUGAUAUUGUAAUUCCUUGAUAUGAAUUGUAGAUUUGGCAUACAAGAUUCAUCUAUUAUAUAUUUCUUACAAUAUCAAUGCUUGCAUGAAGAUUUCAGACUACAGGAUUUCAAUAUAUUGACAGUAGUUUCUUUUA